UCUAUUUUGUAUUAUACUCGUCCUUUUUCCCCCAAUUAGGACUGUGCUUCCGCCCAGACUGGUUUCCACAUCCGUCUUCACCCUCGCAGAACCACGGGUCUGUUAGGGUUUACCCCUGAAAUUGAGGUUUCUCUUUAAUUGUUACAGAAACAGCAAACCUGAGGUGGAUAUACUUCCUUUUUGGGUUUCUCCGUCUUAUCUUAGUCAGGGAUGGGUGAUGAUGCUUUUGAUGGCCCGCAAUUGGCAGAAAAGUUGUCCAAGCUUAACAGUUCACAACAAAGCAUAGAAUCUUUAUCACGAUGGUGCAUUUCAUAUCGUAAGAAAGCCAAGCAGAUUGUUGAAACAUGGGAUAAAUCAUUCAGAUCUGCACAGCGGGAGCAACGUGUUUCGUUUCUGUACUUAGCCAAUGAUAUUAUCCAAAAUAGUCGGCGCAGGGGUAGUGAGUUUGUUAAUGAGUUCUGGAAGGUCCUUCCUGCGUCUCUGAAGCAGGUUUAUGAAACUGGUGAUGAAAGUGGGAAGAAAGUGGCUUCUAGACUGGUUGAUAUAUGGGAAGAGAGAAAAGUAUUUGGAUCCAGGGGUCAGAAUCUUAAAGAUGAAGUGUUGGGCAAGAGUCCUGCUCCUUCAGUAAGCAACGGGAAGAGCUCAAAUCCUAUCAAAGUUGUGAAGAAGGAUGCUCACUCAGUAAGGAUUAAAUUGGCUGUUGGCUGUACUCCAGAAAAAAUUGUAACAGCAUUCCAACUAGUUCAUGAUGAAAAUGUGAAUGAGGAAGAUGCUUUGAACAAGUGUAAACAUUCUGUUUUUCGCGUUGGGGAAAUGGAGAAUGAUAUUGAAAACCGUUCUUCCCAAGGAAAUCUCCAGGGUUCUGAAUUGAUGGAUAAAUUGCUAGAACAGGAAAAUAUACUUCAACAAUGCAUCAGCCACUUUGAGAAUGCUGAAUCAUUGAGAAUUACCUUGAUUUCUCUGCUGAAAGAUGCACUUCAAGAUCAAGAAUCUAAGCUAGAGCUUUUACGCAGUGGGAUGCAGGUUGCGUGUGGUCAGAUUGAACUAGUAAAAAAUGCAAGGAGGAGGCUGACAUCUCCCAGUGUUGCUGCUCCACCAGUGAAUACUGGUAUCCUUCCAAUUGAAGUCACCAGAACAACUGAACCAAUCCCGCCUUCAGUGCAAUUAAUCAACAUCCCUCCUCUGCCUCCACCUCCCAAUCCUGUGACUUCUUUCACAAAUUCCAAAACUAAUGAAGAGGAAAGCAAAAGGUCGGCAGCAGCAGCUGUUGCUGCAAAACUUGCUGCUUCAACAUCUUCUGCUCAAAUGUUAACCUCUGUUCUUUCAUCCCUUGUUGCUGAAGAAGCUGCAUCACUGAGCAGUGGAUUGAAAUCAACUGGCUUCACUUCUAGCUUGCCUUUUGCAUCCCCAGAGAAACGGCUCAAGUUAGAUAAGCCAAUGACUUUUUCUGAUAUGAAAAGUUCUGAAAGGGGUAGCUCCACUUACUUUACUUCAUCACAACAAUUGAUUACUAGCAUUCCUCUUGCCCCAUCCUCAGCCAUGCAAUCUGUGUCCCAGCCAAACCAGAUACAAGCUCCGUUUCCACCUCCUCCCCCUCCCCCUCCAUCAUUACAUCCAGCAAAUUCCCCUGCAAGUCAGUUAGUUCAAUCUACAGCUAUGAUGAUGGGGGUGAUGCCAUAUGGAUAUAGUGCUGGCCUUCAACAACCUCUGUCUUCUCAAAUUGCAAUGGGACUGAGGCCUCCUCCUCCACCACCCCAGCAAGCACAGCAGCAGCAGCAACUGCAGACUCAGCAGCCACAAUCUCAGCAGCAGCCUGCCAACGGUGGAUAUUACCGUCCUCCUGGUAUUGGAUUCUAUGGACAGGCCCAUCAGCAGACGGCUCCAGCAGCACCGCGGCAGUAGAUCCCUUUGGAAUAGGGAGUGCAUGUUACAUUGUACAUUAAUAGUAAAAGUAGACUAGAUCUAGUUACUGUUUUCGGCAUCUUUUCAUACUCUAUUUGCACCCGACAUCCGCUGGCAAUACCCACACCCCCUUGUUAUCACCAAGGCACCCUCUUUUGAUUUAGUGUCGGGUGCUUUGCAUCCAUUUAAGCGUACCUGUAACCUUAUGUAGGUGCUGUAAAAUUAACUGUAGAUUGGGCCAUGUACUUAAUAUCUUCAAAACCGGGAGCUGAAAGAAGCUACUAGGUGAAAUGUUCACCUGUUUCGCGGUGUGGGCUCUCGUCUAUUAGUUGCUUGAAA